AUGGUCGAGGUACAGUCAAGUGGGAUGCAGACACUGGCUCUCAUAAUCUUGCCCAUUGCAGCACCCUACCUGCUUCGGGCGUAUAAGCAACUCCGUCAACCGCGAGCACGACCACCGCGUCCACUCCACACGGCAGAGCAGCAUCAAAUCAGGCUACUUCUCAUGCUUGCCAUCUUCCUUGUAUGCUUUCUAGCGACUCGUUUCUUUUUUCCCAAAGAAAGGGAUGUCUUUCGCGCUACUGGCUCACGGUUGGCCAUUUCACGCGACUUGUUGAAAGUACGUGCAGCGAAAGCAGGUAUCACCUUGCCCCCAGCGACAUGGGAACAGAUUGAUACAAUUCAAGGGGCAUUGGUGUACUUGCGCGUCGGCUCAAUGCCACUUGCUCACUGCAAUUGGUGCACGAUGGAUAGUCCUGCAUCGUAUGCCAUCUACGCCCUCUCACACAUUGCACUAGCCUACCUGGCCCAUAUCCUCUUGCUCUCCCUUGCAACAACGAGACGAACGGCAUUUGUGUUGCUCUCGGCACUGGCAUUCGCUACAGAAGUCUAUGCUCGAAUCGGCGGCUUCGACUACAUCAAUGCACAAGCCGCUGAAGGCUACACCCUACGUGGCAAAAGCACUGCGAUCCUCUUCAUCCAUACCUGGCUACCCUUCCUACGUGGACUCUUCUUCUUGGCCACAACGCUGGCUGCUGCAUCACUCAUCUUUGUUGAUGCCUAUUUGAAUCGUGAUGCAGCGUCUGUUGCUCACAUCACAACAUUACUGCAACAAACCCUUGAAGACUUGCGUGUUUCGAGUAGUCUCAAUCGUGCCAUCACAGAGGAACUUACAAGCGACGCAUCAGACUCUGGUGAUUUGGCUCGAACGACCCAUCAGUUUUGGCAGAGACAUGCAGAGCUUAUUCGAAAAAUUGAUGCACAACCCGUCAUGGCGGAAGCGAGACGUGCUGUUGUGACGCGGUUGGGUGAAGGUCAAGUGAUGAAGGAUGGUCGUGAACUUGGUAGCUUCUUGGAAGCAGUGCUUGCGCGACUUCCGGAUUAUAGCGCAGCAGCAGCAUCUCCUGCAUCAUAA